AUGGGCGAGCCGUCUGAUAAUCCGCCGCGUAAACGGCCAAGAACUGAGGAAGUCAUAGGCAAUUUGACGGACAACAUCGGAUCGACAGCCGAUAAGCAUGGGCCAGCCGCUUAUGGGCUUCAUCUCGAAUCAGCUCAGCACUUUUUCAAACAGAAGUAUGACGCCGACGAGUGUCCCGAAGCAGCUUUGAGUGAUUUCGAGUUCAGUAUGCAGCUGGGUUCAGGAUGUUACGGGACAGUUUAUCUGUCCCGAUACAAAGAUGGCCAAGUAUGUGCGCUAAAGCAAUCGACGUAUGAGAACGCUCUCGAAGAGAAAAGGAUCAUCUACUCUCUUGAGUCGCCGUUCAUAGUGGAAGUAUUUUUUGCUUUCCGAGACGACAAGAUUAUCUACAUCGCCCUCGAGCUCGCGCCGCGGGGAGCUCUAUCACGGCACAUUACGUGCAUACGAGAUUCGAGGUCCGAACAGCCCGUGAAGCUCAUUUCAGCUCAAGUUGUCUUAGCCCUAGAGUACAUGCACGAGUGCCGCGUAGCGCACAGAGAUUUGAAAUGUAGCAACAUUGUCCUGUUCGAGGAUGGAUACGUGAAACUCUGUGAUUUCGGUAUAGCCAUGGCGAUCCGAGAAGACGAUCCUAAUCAGAUGUUCAGACUGACGGGGAAGAGAGGUGUGAUCGCGCCAGAGCAAAUUAAAGCCCUGUUGGUUUCAUCGCUCUGCUCUGACUGGUGGAUGUUCGGAAUGGUUAUCCGAGACCUCUUGCCCCUAACCGGAGGCUUCGAAGGGGCAGAGGCGACACCUUCCGACUCAAGUUUGAGCGAUUUCCUCCGCGGACUGUUCCACGAAAAAGUAACCGAGCGACUCGGCGUGACGUUGGGCGGCGCGAAAAACAUCAAAGAGCAUCCAUGGUACCGUGACGUGGAUUUCCGGCAGCUCUACCACAAGAAUAUUCCGAUGUUGGAGAAAUUGCCGCCUGAGAUUAAUCAGGUCAACUUGGGGGAGGGCGCGAUUUUUUCCAAAAAGUUCCCCGAGCUGGUGCCAGGCAGCGAUUCUAGCGUGAGCAAGCCCGCCAGGGUUCCAGACGACUCAUCAUGA